UGAGUGGACUUCGGUCUAAAUCUCCGAGGUUGCCAUGGAUUGCCGCGGGGUGUGGAUUCUGCAACCCGCGUGGAUCUGGUCUUGGGAGUUCAAAGAGGAAAGCUUUUUUGCUUAGGUUUAGUUCAGGCUUCACUUCGGAGUCGAGUAAUGGCGAUCAUAACGGAAGAACACGAUCAACAAGAACCUGAACCCCAACAAUCACAGAAGCGACCUGUCAAUUCCCACAAAACCAAACCAUCCGCCAGAUCAAGAACAAACGAACAACAAUCUUUUGGAAUAAACCCAUUCUCUUUCUGGUUCUACUUUACUCUUUCUGUCUCUCUCAUCACUCUCUUGUUACUCUCUAUCUCUUCUCUCCCCCCGCAAGAUACCAAGAGUUGGUUUCUCAGCCUACCCCUCCCGCUCCGCCAGCAUUAUUCAAAAGGCCGCAGCAUUAAGGUGCAGACACGUUCUAAUCAAGCACCCACUGAAGUUUUCACCGUCGAAGAGGGUCCUAUAGCGUCGGAGAACGUAAUCAUUGUACACGGAUUGGGGCUCAGUUCAUACUCUUAUCGCCAACUUAUUAAAUCUCUUGGUGCUAAGGAAGUUCACGUGGUUGCAUUAGAUCUGCCAGGGAAUGGGUUCUCCGACAAAUAUACGGAAGAGUUUGUGGAGGGACAAGUGGGGAUUUUGGGGAGGUUUUGGUAUGUUUACAGUGAGAUUCAGGAAAAGGGAUUUUUUUGGGCGUUUGAUCAAAUAAUCGAAACUGGUCAGAUUCCAUAUGAAGAAAUACUAGCUCGGAUGGCGAAGAGGAAGAUACUCAAGCCUAUUGAGUUAGGGACCGAAGAGGUAGGGAGAGUAUUAGGACAAACGAUUGAUACGAUGAAACUGGCUCCUGUUCACUUGGUUCUGCACGAUUCUGCCUUGGGAUUGAGCGCGAAUUGGAUUUCAGAGAACUCGGAAUUGAUCAGAAGCGUAACACUAAUAGAUACAUCAACGAAAACCGCAGGGGCAUUGCCCUUGUGGGUCCUGGAUAUUCCAGUGAUUAGAGAGAUAGCGUUGGGGUCUUCGUUGGCGUAUGCGAAGAUGGUAAACUUGUGUUGCUCAAAGCAACUUGGAAUGGCGGAUGCAGAUGCACAAAGGAUACUCUUGAAAGGCAGAAAUGGAAGAAGAGCGGUAGUGGCUAUGGGAAAGAACGUGAAUAAUAGCUUUGACAUCGCAGAAUGGGGUGGCUCCGAUGGAUUGAAGCAUCUGCCAGUGCAAGUGCUUUGGUCUGCUGGAUGGUCUAAAGAAUGGACCGAAGAAGGAAAUCGGAUUGCUCAGGCUCUUCCGCGUGCGAGUUUUGUUACACAUUCUGGAGGCCGUUGGGCUCAGGAGGAUGUAGCAGUUGAGUUAGCUGAUAAAAUCUCUCAAUUUGUGUCAUCCUUGCCCAAGACUGUGAGGAAAGUUGAGGAAGAGCCCAUCCCAGAACACAUUCAGAAGAUGUUUGAUGAAGCAAAAGACAGUGAUCAUGAUCAUGAUCACCAUCAUCAUGGCCAUGAACACUACGGUGGCCAUGGAGCUGGCUAUAUGGACGCAUAUGGGCUUGACGGUGGUUGGUGAAAAGUGAUCAGUAGAUUGUAUUUUUGCUAAUAUUAUCGAUUACAGAUAUAGAUGUUGGGGUCUGGCCCGUACCAUAGUUAUCUUAUUUGCAGCUUCAUGUCGUGUGCUUUGCUUUUUGAGUGUUUGACCCUGUUAAGAACUCUGAAAUAGUGACAAAAUUGCAUAGGUAUUAACGAUGGUGAGGCCAUUUCUUUUUGUCAUGUUCCUGGAUGGUAAUGUUUUGGCACAAUUUUGUUACCUUGUGUGGUUAGUUGAUAUUUCUUACACGGGUGA